GCCACUGAUUGGCUAAACGUGCACCACGUGACCUUCCGUCGGCUGGAGUUUCCACGACAGCUGAGAAGCUGUUAAUGCGCGUGUUUCUGGUUUAUUUUCACCUGUAACAUUGUGCCUUUUCGACUCCUCCGAGCCCUGGUUUCCUAUCAUGGGAGACAAGAAGAGUCCCACCAGGCCAAAGAGGCAGUCCAAGACGUUCGAUGAUGGGUUCUGGGACUGUAGCGUCUGCACCUUCAAGAACAGCGCUGAGGCGUUCAAGUGUAUGAUGUGUGAUGUCAGGAAGGGGACAUCAACGCGGAAGCCGCGGCCUGUUUCUCAGCUUGUUGCACAGCAAGUUAAUCAGCAGUUUGCAUCACCAACACAUCCCAAAAAGGAGAAGAAAGAAAAAUCUGAGAAGGACAAAAGCGACAAAGAACCAACAUCAAAGAGGAAAAACUAUAGAAAGAUGAGGCCCAGAUUAAAAAACAUAGACCGGAGCAGUGCCCAGCAUCUGGAGGUGACAGUUGGAGACUUGACUGUAAUUAUCACAGACUUUAAAGAGAAAUCCAAACCCGCUUCUUCCUCAGCGAGCACUGCCUCCGCAGACCAACACAGUCAAAGUAGCUCAAGCUCCGAUAACGCCGAGCGGGGGCUCUCCAGGUGCUCCUCACCUCGAGGGGAGGGCUCCCCCGUUAACGGAGAGGCUCACUAACUUUUCUCACGCUCCCGGUCAGCACAGCCCACGGUUCUGCACUGUUUUGGCAACCUUAACCAGAAAUGAAAACUUCAACAUGCACAUUUAAAAACAUUUUUAUAUAAAACUUUAAUGUCCAGUACGACAACAUUCACCUCCACUUGAGUUUGGAUACUUUGCUGCCCUCUGAGGAUGUGGAACAGAAGCAUUAAGUCACAGAUGCGAGUGUAACCGCACCACAUUGCACUCAAUUUUAGUUUGAUUUUUGAAAACCGUCUUACUCUUGAGGCCAUCUUGUGUUUCUAACAUUUUUAGCAUUACUUUCACUUUGUUCUUAUAACACUGUUUAGUCGCCUUUUUCACCUCUUAUUUUCUUCCACUGGAUGCAAUAAUGUUUACGUCUAAUAUCGGAGUACAAAUAUCGAACAGUAAGCCGUGUGUUGAUAGUUGAGCAUGAUUUAAUCUAUAGAAUGCUUUAUAUUGUAAAAUAAUGAUGGAUAAAGUUAGCUGUAGAUACUUGGAUAUGUUUUUUUUAUCUUGUGUAAGAAUUUUAGAUAAAUACAGCUUUCAAGUUUCUUGUCCAACUUUACACUUUUUUAUUGCACUGCAGAAAAGUGCUGUUGUCUUUAAUCUAAAACCAUCACUUUAUUUCAAAUUUUGGGAUUGAUGUUUUAUUCUUGUGUGCUUCAACUGUUGCGGGGGGAAAUGUUUAAUGUGGUUAACAUCAUCUGAUGAACAAAAGUAUUUUUUAUAUAUAAAUUAAUAUUGUACACUUUGCAAAGUUGUUUCGUAAUGAUCCCUUCAAUUCUCAAAUUGCUUAUCUACAAGUAGUUUGUGGUGGAUUAAGUGUACCAUUUUUUUUCUGCAGUUAAUGCCAUUUUUUCUUUUAAUCUUCAGCUUUUUUUCAGUCUGAAAUGUUUGAAUUUGCUCAAUCCAUGUUUCAUUUUACAGUAAAAUGUUUCUUGAACAAAA